UAAUAAUUGAAACGUUAUCCAAUCUUGAACUUUAAUAAUGUGUCUUAUCAUUUCAUAUCUUCCCUCAUAAGGAAUUAAAACUGAUCAUGAUAUAUAAAUUCCCCUAAAGAUUUCAAUUUAUGUUGUAACUCUUAGAAGAAGAAGAAAGAUGUAUGUGACUAGACCUUUGUCUAUGUACAGAAAAUCUCCAAGUAGUUUGGAGAUACCACCACCAGAUGCACCAUAUUCAGGCUAUCUAGUAAUCACAGAUGAAGAAGCAGAAUAUGAAGACACAUGUUGUUGGCGAAUAUGUCGGCGAAAGAAUGUGAAGAAGCUUCCUUUCCCUCAAGACAAAUUGUUCUCAGUUUUUCAUCCUUCAGAGAAUGAACAAACUACAAGUAUUAGGGUUUGGUUUCUUCCUGUUCCUGAUCAUUCUUUGUCUUCUAACAGAUACUAUGUAAUCCGAGCUAAAGGCAGACACAAAGGGAAAGUAUACAAAUGUUCAAGAGAAGGUGACAUAGUGAGUUGUUGCUUCAAUAAUCUCUUGAAUGACAAAAGUCCAAAACCAUUCAAUCUAAAAGACUUGCACCAGAUUUUCAAGAUUCAUACUCAUCAAAGUGGUGGUUUCUUUGCAAAAUCAAUUACACCAGAUGGAAUUCCACCAAAAUUCCUAAGAAAAAAAGGAUGGAAAGUUAGAAUUUCAGGUUCAUAUAGAUCAUGCAAACUAAAUGAAGCUCUAGGUGUUGAUUUUCCUCUAAGAGAAAAGCUUCCAAGUUUUCAUUUUCCUAUCUCAAGAAAAAAUUCACCACCUUUAGUUGUAGGAAAAUGGUAUAUUCCAUUUAUAUUUGUGAAAGAAAGUGCAAGAAAAGUCAAACAACAAAUGAAAAAGUCAAUGUUUUAUAGUAUGACACUUGAGCAAAAAUGGGAAGAGAUUUAUUCAUGUGGAAGGAAUGAACAUGAAAAUGAGAAUCAAAAUGAAGAUGAUGUUGUGAUUGUGAAUGUAUAUGUUGAAAGAGAAAAGGUAUUGAUAUGUGGAACGGAGGCUACAAAGAAUGGAACAAUUGAUAAUAAUGGUUUUAUGUUGUUUAGGGUUUAUAAUCCUUAUAAUAAGAGAAGGGUUAGUGUUGGAUUGAGUUCAGCAAUUAUUGAGAAUAUGAGAUGGGUUGAAGAGCAAGGUGGUUGGGUUUAUGGUAAUGGGAGAGAGAGGGUUGUAACAGUGAAAGAAGAGGUAACAUGUCAAAAUGAAUGGAAUAGGUUUGGUUGUUAUGUGUUGGUUGAAAGUUUUUGUCUUAGGACAUUGGAUGGAAAGUUGGUUUUGAGAUAUGAUUUUAGGCAUACUCAUAAGAUUAAGUGCAAAUGGGAGUAGGAAUCAAGUUUUAGAUUUUCACUCUCUAAAUACAUUAAGGUUAUAUUUGGUAACACGGUACACUAAUUAUUCUUGCGUGUUUAGGCAACUUCAAACAAAUCCAUUGUGAAUUUUGCGAAGCAAAAAAUCAGAGAGAUGGACUGAAAAGUCACAUUAACUAUUAUAAAUGGUGUAUUUUUAUAUGAUGUCGAAAUAUGUUACUAGAUUUUUGAUGUUAAAACCACAUUAUUGAAUGCUAAUUGUUAUGGUUUUAACAAAAGUUUA